AAUACGAAGAGCUUUGUUCGCACGGAUAUUUUCACAUCGAAAAAGGCACGGAAAACACACCGUGCCGUGCUGUGAUGGUGUUUUGCAAACAGUUCUUCUAGUGUGUAGCAUAAAUUACCGUUCGCGAAAACAGAAAACCAAGCUCUAGUGAGCCGCUACACGCACGCACCAUUCAUCCGCCACCUCUCAGCCAGCUCGCCCGACGUGUUUGCUUACGCCAUGAUGGUUUCCAGAAACGGCCGGGGGCAACACAGACGUCGUCGAUAAUACGGUGGAAGAGGCUGUCUGCUUCGAGACGGCUUAACAGUAGCGGUGGGCAUGUGUGGUGCGGAAAAUAAAAAGUAAAAUAUCGGUCUAAAACCAAGUGAAACACAUCGAUGGCCAUACCAAAUAAGACGGAAGUUCCUUUGAGUGGAGCGCGGCCCCUUGUGAAUCAGUGUUUGUGUGCAUGCACUCCAAGAGGAGAGUGAUUAAAACCGUAAAGACAGCUUACAGUGACGGCCUAGUGAAGAAGUGAGCGGGAGACGUUUUGUUCAGAAACAUUUCGGAUAUGGAUGAUAAAAAUUCGACCGGCAGCGGUGGUGGGGGAGGAGGCAGUAGUACCGGAGGUGGAAGCGGCGGAGGUGGUGGUGGUGGUGGCGAGACGAAGGUAAUCUACCACAUCGAUGACGAGACGACGCCGUACCUGGUGAAGAUACCGCUUCCGGCCCCCCAGGUGACGCUGAAAGACUUCAAGCUGGUGCUGAACAAGCAAAACAUCAACUACAAGUACUUCUUCAAGUCGAUGGAUGCGGACUUUGGCGUGGUGAAGGAGGAAAUCGCAGACGAUGCGACGAUACUUCCCUGCUUCAAUGGGAAAGUCGUCUCCUGGCUGGUGACGGCCGACGGUUCCAAUCAGUCCGAUUGCUCCGAGCUGCAACCGACGGAGAUGAUCGAUGGGCGGCCCACGUUGGCGCAGCUGCGCAGCAUGAACAAACCGUCGGCGACGGCCACACUGAGCAACAUGAUGAACCACCACCUGCCGAUGAACCCGCUCACCUACCAGUCGGCCUCGGUCGUCUCGAGCGAUCUCGACUCGACCAGCCUGUUCGAGACGGAGAGUGAGAUCACGCUCGAUCGCGACAUGACCGAGUGUAGCAGCGUGCAGCGGCUGCAGGUGCGCAAGAAGCCGCAGCGGCGCAAGAAGCGGGCACCGUCGAUGUCGCGCACCUCCUCCUACAGCUCCAUCACCGACUCGACCAUGUCGCUCAACAUCAUCACGGUGCAGAUCAACAUGGACACGGUCAACUUCCUGGGCAUUUCGAUCGUGGGCCAAUCGAAUCGGGGCGGCGAUGGAGGCAUCUACGUCGGUAGCAUCAUGAAGGGCGGUGCGGUGGCGCUCGAUGGGCGCAUUGAGCCGGGCGAUAUGAUCCUGCAGGUGAACGAUGUCAACUUUGAGAACAUGACCAACGAUGAGGCGGUGCGGGUGUUGCGUGAGGUCGUACAGAAGCCGGGCCCGAUCAAGCUCGUGGUGGCCAAGUGUUGGGAUCCGAACCCGAAGGGAUACUUUACGAUUCCACGCACCGAACCGGUCCGGCCGAUCGAUCCGGGGGCGUGGGUCGCCCAUACGGCGGCCCUGCGCUCACAGGACACCAUCAACACCGAGCUGCCGGAGUCGGUGAUGGAGCGGCUGCACGCCGACAUGGACAUGAAGGACAUUGUGCGCGCGAUGACGAAACCGGACAGUGGGCUCGAGAUUCGCGACCGCAUGUGGCUGAAGAUUACCAUCCCGAACGCGUUCAUCGGUGCGGACGUGGUGAACUGGAUACUGGAGCACGUGGACGGCAUCGGCGAUCGGCGAGAGGCCCGCAAGUACGUCUCGCUGAUGCUACGACGCGGCUACAUCAAGCACACGGUCAACAAGCUGACGUUCUCGGAGCAGUGUUACUACGUCGUCGGCAGUGGCAUCAUACGGCAGGACCUCUCGGCCAUGUCGCUCGAGGACACGGAGAGCAUGCUGAGCGACAUCGCGCCGCUCCCGAACCCGCCCAUCUACAUGACGUACUCGGGCAACUACAACCCAUCGCACGGCUACCAGCCGAUCCAGUACGGGUGCACCGGCGGCGAGCGCCAUCCGUCGUCGGGCUCGAGCAGCUCGGACAUUCUCACCAGCAAGGACACGUCGGCAUCGCAGAGUGACCUCGCGGCCGUCAUACAGCAGACCAACCAGAUGACGAUCGCGAACGCGGCGUCGAACAAAUCGUCCGGAUCCUCGAACCGCGGUAAUGAGCAAGACAUUUCAGACUUUAAAACAACGAGGAUCGGCGGUGGUGUUGGCGGUGGUGGUGGUGGUGGCGUCGGAGGCACCAAGAUGAUCAGCACCAACGACGACGAGGGGUACGAGGACAGCAUCUACUUCCAGCAUCAGCCGAUGCAACCCACCUUGCCGCACCAGCAGCAACUUCAGCAACAGCAGCACCAAACGUUUGGACGCAACGCUGGUGGUGGUGGUGGCCGGAAGGAACCGGGACACAUCUACAACAAUCAGUAAGCAGCUGGGAGCCAAAGGCAAUGAGAAACACGUCCGAGAGGGUGUUGCUGAACUUCGGGCGGAAUAGGAAGAACGGGAGGAAAGUCCCCGGGGCCAAAGCGCCCGAUGGCGGGGGAGGCCCACCAGGACUAGGGUUGUCUGUUUUUGGGUGUGAAGUAAAAGCCAAAAAAAAAAACGAGAACGAAAAACAAAAUCACCGAGUAACGCUAAAUGGAAAUCGGAUGCGGUGUGUUGUGUUUGGAAAAAAAAUAGCUCCAAUGAAAGAUGAACGUAAAAAAAUGGGCAAUGUGCAGAAGGAAGGAAAGCAGACAGAGAGAGAGGGAGUACCCUCCAACGGGAGACGACAUUCGUCCAAAGUGGAGGGGGGCGAAGGGGACGACAUGAUGUAGAUUUAAAACAACAGAAAACAAAAAAUCAUGAAAAUGAUAAACUGAUGAAGGUGGACGGCACGACGUAACAUAACUAUUCAAACUAUUGGAAAAGCAGGGAAAUGUCGGCAUAAGUUAGCGAAAAAGCCAGGCAAUGCGUGUGUGUGUGUGUAUGGCAGGAAGGCAAACAAAUGAAAUGUUGAAAAAUGUAGCAAACAUUUUGGUGUCCUUCCUACUACGAGUGGAGAGAAUGUGAGGAGGCGCAAACACAUCACUGUAUUAUUGUUCGUGAAACGCAGGGAUUGGCGACAGUGGAAGAGCAUUUAUGUAGAGAAGAGGAACCGGUGAAAAAGGACACCACCCGUUUGGUUUGUCCUGUGUUUCAUGACACACAUUCGGUUUUAUCCACCUCCCUACACAACCUUCUAGUGCCGACUCUAUUAUUUUAGGCAGCUUUCUUUAGGGUUUUUAUUUUAUGUUAACUGUCCUCAUUUGCGUGUCACAGUGCAGCUAGAAAUGGUGUCCCGUCUGCGAUAUAUUCGUUCGCUUGUUGUUUCCGGCGUCCGGAAGGAACGGUUGAGAUUUUUUUUUUUAUCUUAUACAUAUUCGAUGCCAAAACCGAGCGGCAUCUUUUUAAUAGCAACAAUCUAUAUUACUUUCGCUUCCGAAA